GUAUCCCCGCAGUCGCCGGCACCUGUCCCCGCAGCCAAUCAGCGCCCGCGCUGCUGGGAACCUAGCUGUCAGCAAAACCCCAACACCCAAACCUCAACAUAAAUCAAACACUGCCCUAGGCCGGGGAUGUCUGUGUCGCGCCCGCACUAGGGACGCGCGGUCAGCAGAGCCCCAGCGCCGCUCGGGUGGCCGCAGCCGGGAGCAGGAAGAUGUCGAAUGAACUUGACUUCAGGUCUGUGCGGCUGCUGAAGAACGACCCAGUCAACUUUCAGAAGCUCCCCUACACCAGCGAGGAUGAGGCCUGGAGGACGUACCUGGAAAACCCCUUGACAGCCGCCACGAAGGCCAUGAUGAGAGUCAACGGUGACGACGACAGCGUGGCAGCCCUGAGCUUCCUCUACGACUACUACAUGGGCCCCAAGGAGAAGCGGAUACUGUCUUCCAGCACCGCGGGCCGAAAUGACCAAGGAAAGAGGUUCUACCACAGCAUGGAAUAUGAGACGGACCUCACUCCCCUCGAAAGCCCCACGCACCUCAUGAAAUUCCUAUCAGAGAACGCGCCUGGAACCCCAGAGUACCCAGAUCUGCUCAAGAAGAACAGCCUGAUGAGCUUGGAGGCAGCUGUGCCCAACCCUGGCAAGGCAGCUCCCCUCCCCGCCGGCCCCAGCAAGCUGGAAGUGGGCUCUGAGGACAGCUACCUUUUGCCCCCCAGUGAUAUGUACGAUACCGGCUCCCUCAACUCCUUGUUUGAGAGCAUUCAUGGGGUGCCACCCACACAGCGCUGGCAGCCAGACAGCACCUUCAAAGAUGACCCUCAGGAGUCGCUGCUCUUCCCAGAUAUCCUGAAAGGAUCCCCGGAACCCCCGUGUGCAGAGGACUAUCCUAGCCUCAAGAGUGACUUUGAGUACACCCUGGGCUCCCCCAAAGCCAUCCACAUCAAGUCCGGCGAGUCGCCCAUGGCCUACCUCAACAAGGGCCAGUUCUACCCUGUCACCCUGCGGACCCCAGCAGGUGGCACAGGCCUGGCCCUGUCGUCCAACAAAGUCAAGAGCGUGGUGAUGGUCGUCUUCGACAAUGAGAAGGUGCCCGUGGAGCAGCUGCGGUUCUGGAAGCACUGGCACUCCCGGCAGCCCACCGCCAAGCAGCGUGUCAUCGACGUGGCUGACUGCAAAGAGAACUUCAACACUGUGCAGCACAUCGAGGAGGUGGCCUACAACGCCCUGUCCUUCAUGUGGAAUGUCACCGAGGAGGCCAAGAUUUUCAUUGGCGUCAACUGCCUGAGCACAGACUUUUCCUCGCAGAAGGGGGUGAAGGGUGUCCCCUUGAAUUUGCAAAUUGACACCUAUGACUGUGGCUCGGGCACUGAGCGCCUGGUGCACCGCGCAGUCUGCCAGAUCAAGAUCUUCUGCGACAAGGGAGCUGAGAGGAAGAUGCGGGAUGAUGAGCGGAAGCAGUUCCGCAGGAAGGUCAAGUGUCCGGACUCCAGCAGUGGCAUCAAGGGCUGCCUGCUGUCGGGCUUCAGGGGCAACGAGACCACCUACCUGCGGCCUGAGGCCGACCUGGAGACCCCACCGGUGCUGUUCAUCCCCAACGUCCACUUCUCCAGCCUGCAGCGCUCUGCAGGGGCGGUCACCUCAGCAGGACACGGCAGCUCCAACAGGCUGCCCCUGAAGCGCACCUGCUCGCCCUUUGCCGAGGAGUUUGAGCCUCUCCCCUCCAAGCAAGCCAAGGAAGAUGACCUUCAGAGAGUGUUGUUAUACGUACGGAGGGAGACCGAGGAGGUGUUCGACGCCCUCAUGUUGAAGACCCCGGACCUGCAGGGGCUGAGGAAUGCGAUCUCUGAGAAGUACGGGUUCCCUGAAGAGAACAUUUACAAAGUCUACAAGAAAUGCAAGCGGGGGAUCUUGGUCAACAUGGAUGACAACAUCAUCCAGCACUACAGCAACCAUGUGGCCUUCCUGCUGGACAUGGGGGAGCUGGACGGCAAGAUUCAGAUCAUCCUGAAGGAGCUGUAGGGCCCACGCCCCCAAACCCCAGACCCGGGAAGUGGCCCGUGCCACACCCAGCCUCUCUGCAUGCCUCAGUGCUGUUACUUGAAUGUGCUCCUUGAGGGAAGUGGCCCCCAAGUCACAGACCCCAGCCGUCAAGCCAAGAAGGGACUCCGAGGGUCUGCCGAUCCGAACUCCAUCCUUGCUUGAAUCCUGCCAGUGCCCGCCCACCAGAUGCAGCGCCCUGGUC